UCUCGGAAGGAACGAGGCGAUUCUUUCUUGGCGCGCCGUUCGAAAACCGAGGUGGCUCCGAUGCAUGUAUUUUCGAGUUUAUCGAAAACGUGGUAGGAUCUGUUAAGUAAGUAGAACCUCCUAUGGAUAAUAAAUUAAACAUCGCUUCGCCUGUUUGCCGAUUUAUGAUUAUGAGGAGAGUGAGGUUAGGAACGAGACUGUCGUACCGAUCGAGAGUGGCGAGGUUUAAACAAAGAACGUUGCCGCUGAUAAACCUGCCAUCUGGGAAGUGAUGUGGUCGGUUUUGAAAUUGCGAAAUCGGACGUUUUAUGCUAAAUUCUCACUUUGCCUUGUUCCUGCUGAGUUUCAAGAUACGCGUGAAUUCCUCGCCGAUGAGUGCAUCGUUAUCUCUCCUGAUUCAUCAAUUUGGGAGGCAACUAUUGGUACUGAGCCUUUAGAAAAAAGCCGAAAUCCUUAAAAAAUACAGAUACAGACCAAUUUGGGAGACUGGUGGAGAGAAGACGUAGCAAGAUGUAUUUAAUUUCAUGAUGAUAGAGUGUGUGGAAUACUGGACAGAGACAGAAUGUGAAUAUUAAAACUGUAUAUGUACCGUGAAAUAGGAGCCAUGUACGAAGUAAGGAGAACCGAAUAAUUUUUCACUUUGUUACGAUUUCAUAUUCCCGAAGGUUAAGAUGUCGACUGUUAAUGAAGAUGAACUAAUUGAAAAUUUACCAGCGAGCGUCCACAAGGCACUGGUCGAUGAAUUGAGUAAGGAUCGUAAUUGGUUAAAGCUUGCCGAAUAUGUAUCCGAGGAACUGGGUUCUUUUAGUAAAUCUUGGAUCCAGAUGUUGCAAAACUCGAACAAUGAUUUACGGAACAAUAUGACACCUGUUGAAAAAUUAUUGUUUGAAUUGAAUAUAAAAAUGUGUACAGUGGGAGGUCUAUGUACUCUACUUAAAAAUUGUGCACUGUUUGACGCACUUAUGAUUUUAUCUCAAUCAGAAAAUUUAUUCAUUACAAGAAAUCCCGAUUUUGAAUAUGAUACCAAUAUGUUAGAGAUCGCCUUAGGGCAAAAACUUAUCUUAAAUUGUAAAGCAAUUGGCCUUCCAGUACCAAAAUAUGUUUGGUAUCAUGGAAAUAUUCAAUUAGCCAAUUGCUGCAGCGAUCACUUGGAAAUUUCUAUAAACAGUGUCAAUCAAGAAGGAGAAUAUAAGUGUGCAGUUUCGCAGUUCGACAAUGACGGACUUAUUAUAGAUCAACAGUUUUCAAAACCAAUGUUUGUCAAAGUGAAGUCAACACCUGUUGCUAUUACAAAGCAACCGAUAUCGUUUUUAGAAGUCAAGGAAGGAGAUGAUUUUAUGCUAAGCUGCGAAGUGCAAGGUCAUCCACCACCACAAUAUCAGUGGUUUAGAGACAAUACAAAAUUAGAUAAGCAAACUUCAAAUAUAUUACAAAUAAAUAAAUUUAGCUCUGCAGAUGAAGGAAUUUAUCACUGCUAUGCAUAUAAUAAUAUCGGUGAAGUUUAUUCCCAAAGAUGCAAUGUAAUGAUGGACCUUCCACGAUAUAAAGCAGUUGCCAAGAUAGCUCUACUGAUUGCAAAUGAAGAUUAUGAAAACCAUGACAAGCUGCAUACACCUAAGAAUGAUGUUGCCAAGAUUGCUCGUCUUUUGAGUGAAAUAGGUUUCAAAGUUAUUUGUUUGUUAAAUUUAACAUUUACACAAAUGAAGAAUGCCAUAAAAACAUUUUCAGAAGCUCUCUCCGAAGGAGUGUAUGGGUUAUUUUAUUUUGCUGGACAUGGAUUUAAGAUGCAGGAAAGUUAUAUGCUUGCCAUUGACGCGCCUGAGGCAUAUUUAAGGAAAAAUGCUAUUUGCGAGAGCCAGCUUCUUUCAACAGUUUUGCAAAAUGAUCCCACUCUUUUAGUUGUCAUUUUAGACAUGUGCCAAACUAUACCACCAAAGGAAUAUAAUCCUGCAAUCUAUGAAGAAGUACCAACUAUAAAAGAAUAUAAAGGUCAGCAGAAUCUUAGAAAUUUGAUCCAAGCAUAUUCUACGUCAAGUUAUAGACCCAGCUAUGAACGAAUGAGUGAUGGCUGUGGGUUGUAUGUAACGCAUCUCAGUAAAUACAUUGACAAAAACAUACCUGUGACAAAAGUAUUUGAAAAAGUGGGAAAAUCAAUAGAUACAUGGCUAAAGGGUGUUGAACGUAACCAAAUUCCAAUGUUUGCAACAACGGUAACAAAGCCAUAUCGACUUACAGACUCAACAUAUAAAAGAAGCCCUCCACCAGCUGUUGAAGCUUUAAAUAAAUUCAUGUCAUUUCCAACAAAAUCGUGCACUGUUAAGUUUUGUGAAGGACAAUUACAAUGUACAAUUACAAUUUGUCCUCAUAUAGUUCCAUAUUUAAAUAUAAUUCGCCUUAUUGUAUCAUGCCCAGAAAAUUACAGUGCAAAUUUUUAUAAUUCAAUUCCUGUCAAGCAAAAUAAUUUAUUUGAAAACUCACGUAAAAAAGAGUGCGUGAUAUUUAAUCCACAAAUUAGCAAGGGUCCUCUGGUGAUAUCUCUUACUAGAAAUGGGUCCCGUGUUUGUGCCUCAUUGUUUCAAAUAAUGGAUUAUGUACCAACAAUUUUACAAGUAUUGGACUGACAAGAGUAUGUUAAAAAUAAUAAAAAAACCCAUUGAUGUUUUGAUUACUUAAUUUAUAGUUGGAUAUUUAGUGUUGCUAUGUCUGUAACAGGAGAUGACAGUAAAUCUGUUACAACUUCAUGGACUUAAUAUUGAAGAGUAACAUGCAUUGGAUUAAUUUCUUUACUUAGUACCAUUGCUUUAUAAAUUAUUUUCAAACUUUUAUGUUUCAAUACUUCCACUGUGAACCUCUUUAAUAUUUUGGUACCUUGAGUCUUCAACGUCAACAAUGACUAUAUCUUCAUUGUACUCAAAAUCCGAUUUAUCGGAUCUAAAUCCAGUAAAUCCGAAUUUAAGUGUCGAUCGAGAUGCUCAGAAUUGAAUCUGCAUAUUGAUUAAUGCGAUGGAGACAUGCAAUUUACUGGAUUCAGGAGUACGACAUGGACGUGGUCAGUCUGCAAUAUUUAUUUACAAGUAUAACAUACAUUCUUUAACAGAAUUUUAUAGAAUGCCUGAAAGAAAAUAAAAGUCUAAUUAAUGUUUUGGAUAAUAAAGAACCUUAUUUUUAUCAUGAAA